GCGCCUCUCUCUCUCUCUCUCUCUCUCUCUCUCUCUCUCUCUCUCUCUCUCUGCUUUUCUUUUCCGCGCUCACACUGGAAAGCGGUAAGUUCCCUGUGUCAGUUCAGCAGCAGGACCUUAAGGGGAAAUGGCUCAGCGAAAGGUCGCCCUCGCGCUUGCAGGACUUUACGUCCUACUUUGUCAAGUCUGGGCCAAGUUGGAGGUCAGCAUGGAGGACAGGGUAGAGGUGUUCCUGGACGAUGUGGCAGAGAUCCCCUGCAUAUACAAAAUGAAUGGAUCUGUCAGUUCACCGACGAUACAGUGGUUUGUGAAAACAGUGGGUAGCAGCAAAGUGCUACUCUACAAGAAAAAUGAGAACGGAGAGAUUGUGGAUCGGGGCAUGGAUUUCUCCAGCAGGAUCAAUGUCUCUCACUCUCAGGAAGGCAUGAUGGGAAACUCCAUACUGACCAUCAAUGAUGUACGAACCACUGAUGAGCGAGAUUUCAUCUGCCAAGUGAACAUGGAGGGAAGCGUCGAAGAGGGACGCACUCAACUCAAAGUCUUCAAUGCUCCGUCUCAGGUCGUUAUUGAAGCAGAAACUUAUGCCUCGGUCGCAGAGACUCUGAGUAAGAUUGCAACCUGCGAGGUCGGUAAUGGUUACCCUAACCCCAAGAUCACAUGGUACAAAGACAGAGCUCCCUUAUACGCCUCAAAUGAUGCUUUAGUCGAUGUGAAGAACAGACUGACUAUGAAUCCGAACGGCUUGUUCUCGGUACAAAGUGAGCUCUACCUCACAGUAGUAAAGGAAGACAAAGACGCAUUUUUCUACUGCGAGGUCACCUACUUCGUUCCUGGCGCAGAGAAAAUGAUAGAAUCCCAAAUGGUCAACAUCACAAUCCACUAUCCAACCUCAGAAGUUAAAGUCUUCCAAGAUCCCCCGGAACAACUGGUUAAAGAAGGUGACCAAGUAGAACUAAGAUGUGAAGGAGACGGGAAUCCUCAGCCAGUCAAAACCUACAUGCACGACAACGUUCAAAUUCCUUUGUCACAUGAGGACAGGCUGGUCCUGCAUAACGUGACCCGACUAAAUAGCGGCUUAUACGAAUGCAGCUGUCUGGACACAAUAACUUAUGAAAGCAUCAUAGGCAAUAUGACCCUUAUGGUGCACUAUUUGGAUCCUGUUGUAAUCAUGACUGAGAAUCCAGAGAGCCUGGAUGAAGGACAGGAUCUGCUUCUGACCUGCAAUGCCCUUUCCUCUCUGUCCACAGAUGCGUUUUGGUACAAGGACGAUGUGCCUCUGGCUGAAGGCAAUGUGCUCCUGUUACACAACGCCUCCUUUGCCACAGCAGGGGCGUAUCGUUGUGAAGUUGUAACACGUGAGCUUCCUGAGUUAAAGAAGAGCAGCGUUGUGCACGUCAGUGUCCGAGGAAAGCCGAUGAUCACUGAGGGCGUGGCCGUGAUUACCCUGGAUACUGAAAAGUCCAUCAAUGUGAGCUGCCGUGCAACAGGACAUCCAACUCCCACCAUCCACUGGAGACUCUCCGAUCAACAAGCUCAGCUGGGAAGAUGGGACACCGAGACAGAGAACAGUGUCCUCAGCAUCAUUUCCAUCAGCACCACUUCUGACAUCACAGCGUUCUGUAGGGCCACCAAUGACCUGGGCACUACCGAAACCUCACGCCAAAUUCAAGCCACUGAAAUGAAACAAACAUCAACAACAACCACAACAACAACAACCACAACAACAACAUCAAAAACAACAACAACAACAACAACAAGUAAUACGACUGGUACGAUGGUGGCAGGAACAUCCAGCCCCAAAAAACUCAAAAAAGGGGGCAACGGAUACAUCAUUGCAAUCAUCAUCAUUUUCAUCUUGCUGCUGGCCGUCCUGGGCAGCGUGCUGUACUUCAUGUACAAGAAGGGCAAGAUCUCGUGCGGUCGCUCAGGGAAGCAAGAUCUCACUAAGGAAAAGGCCAGUAGCGAUGACAUCGUUGUGGAGAUAAAGAGCAGCAAAUCGGAGGAGGCAGUGCUUCUACAGGGAGUCAACGGCGAUAAAAAGUCGUCCAGGGACCAGUGAACGGAUAAUCAGAGUGGACGAGCCGCUCGCAGUCUCCGCGUUACUGCGCUCUCUCAGGACGAGUCCCGGAGCGUUCCCCCUACAGGACUACAUCGUUUAAUCUGGAACACCAUCCUGUAUCAGAUCCACACACUCAUUUCUGUCUUCACAUAUUAUUUGCAGGUUUUUCCUUUUCUUUUCCCUUUUCCCUCUUUAAACAGGCCUCAUUGUCCAUUAAGAUUAAGAACAGUCUGCUCUCUAGCUUCUACAUCAUGUAUAUAAGAAAUAAAUGUACAUAUGUAGUUAUUUAAAAUCAAUCGUUCUUUGUGACCGAACGACGUCCUUCAAGCGUUUCGGGUGACGGACCUCGGUCAAAGGGUCCCGUAUGAAGUGUCCGAGUGCUCUCCGUUGUUCGCUUUGUCUGUCGCUCUCUCACUGCUGCCUCACUGUAGUCUGUGCACUGAAACUCGAAGCUGCCUCUCACUGCUGCGCUGACCAGAUGACCACUGUAAACGCUUCACCUGCUGCCUCCAGCAUCACUGAGAAACAAAUCUAUCAAAAGUAUUUUUUUUAAAAAUAUAGUCUUUGUUUAAAAGAUGUACAAGGUUUACGCUCGAAGACAAAACUCUGUAUAUACUAUAAGCGUAAUCUGACCCGCCGAGUGGACAGGUAUACACGCGGUCCACUUUAUUAGGAAUGCCUGCACAGUUCAUCUUAAAGUCACACAGAGAUCAGACUUUUUCUUCAUUCUGAGGUCUGAUGAGCGCUUGACCUGUACCUGCAUGCACUGUACUGCUGCCACAUGACUUGUGCGAAUUGCAUAAAUUGAAUUAAACGAAUUGCAGUUGUUCCUAAUAAAACGGACGGUGUGUAUAUGAAUUCAGCAUUUAAUUACUAAGCUGAGGCCCUUAUCGUUACUUUCUGGUGUUUAUGAGCUGCUGUUGGUUUGUUUUUGUUUUGUUUGUUUUUAAUACUGCAUUAUAUAUAAAUGAGGAAUCUGCAGUGCAUUUAAGAAUUCGGAAGGUUUCAUAACUUUUCUUAUUUUCUAUUCGAAAUCAAGUAAAAGGGCACAACUAGGAUUAUUCAAGCACACUUUAUUCUCUACCCAAAGGCACAACAUAUUACAAAUACCAGUUUUGUAAACGCAAGCUAAUCAGCGGCACGUGCAAAUACUAGCGUUAAACGCCAGGUCUCAUUUUUUAUUUUAUUUUUUUUAUUUCUAUGAAUGUCAAGUUCAUUCGUGCCUUAUUUUUACUGAAAUGAUAUCUGACCCCACCCCCUUCCCCCUCCUCACUCAGCUGAUUAAAACAUUGUCCUUGAGAAAAACAAAAAAACAAAAACCCUGUUUCCUUUCUGUUCAUUGGUCACUGAAAUAAAGUCUGGCUGAAAACCAAACCGUCCGGAGGAGAAACCUUGAGAUUAAAAAAAAAAAAAAAAAGAAAAACUGGGGAUUAUAGCUUUUAAUGCAAAACAUACGAUCGACUCCUGUAUUCUUUCAAAAUGGCUUUAAUCACAUAGAAAUUCAAAAUCUGUGACGGUUUUAUUAUGAAGGAGGGAUCUCUGGGUUGGAGUACAUCAACAUUAAUAAAUAUUCAUUAGUCUUUCUUUCUUUCUUGACCAAAGGAAACACACCAGCGGUCAGGAGAGGGAACGUGUCCUAUAAGCAUUCGCACUAAAAUGCAUUCCAGUUUUCACAGCGAGGUCUCGUGCACCUCCUGCUCGCGAGUUUCAACCAAGUUUAGUUCGAACUAACUACGGAACAUUAUCGUCUCUAAACCUGCGGCUCUGUUGGCCAACACUGCGUGUAUUUAAGUACGUAAUCGUACAUAACAACCACGUCUGUAUUUCAUACAAUAUAUCCAAACUUAUUUGGCUUUGACCUGAAGAAAAUCCAACAACAACAACAACAAAAAC